AUGCCAGCGACGGUGACUAACCUGACGGAGCAGUAUUUUUCAGAUAGAAGUGAAUCUGUUGCUACCUUUACAUUGCCGCGGAAGCGCCUUUGCCUGGACAUCUACGGCCCUCUCAGCUCGUGUCUCUUUGAUAGUAGCUUGGAGAGAUUGGCCGACUACCUGAUUGUGCCCGUGCCUACCACCACGAUCCUGCGCAACAUUGACCGCCGGUUUCCGAAGUGCCAGUCGAAGAGUCCCGCAGACAGGAAUCCGUGUCAGUCAAGCUUGGAAAAAAGACAGCAGAACUCGCGGGUUAAUGAGACGGGGAGCGCACCAAGAGGACCAGAUAGGACCGAGAAGUUGCCUGCUGAGAUUAUAUUCAUCAUUUUCGACAAUCUGGAGCUGGUGGAAGAUGCGCUCAUAUUUGGGCUCACUUGCCGCCGCAUAUGGCAAUUUGCGCGCCGAAGGGUGUGCGAGUGGCAGCGGAAACGGAUUGGGCCGUGGGCUGGAGAACACCUCGUCGCCGUGAGCGACCAUUGUGAUGAUGAUGACUACCCGCCCGGGCUUUUUUCUGCCGAAGAGAUCAAUCAGCUUAUGGAACGAUGGGCGGAGGAGGUUUCUUGGCGGUACGAUUGGGAGUCCACCUUUUGGCGAUUCAAUAUCUCCAGCUUCGCCCUGGAGAGGGUGGUGCAACACAUCACGAUGCCCGAGCGGACCCCGCUCUCUAGGCUGCGAUCCAAUCUUGACCGCCAGGGUCGACUGCCCGCGGCUCUCGAGGAUGCCAUCUGGCAUGAAAUCCGCGUUGACAAGUCCGUGUACGCACCGGCCGACGAGGUCUGGAUGCUGCGCAAUCUGACCACGAGGGAGCUUGUGCGCGCCGAGGCGGUGGCCAUCAAACAAGAUCUCAUCCACGGGCCGUACAUUGAAAAGCGAGGUUUUCACCAUCUGUUGCUGAUCCGUACCGCCUGGGGAAACCCAGAAUUAAGAGAGAUAACGAGGUACAGGAACCAUCCGCCCGUACCCUGUCGCGGCCCUUGGGCUGGCCAUAGGUUUGAGAUUUGCACCGCAAAGCACCACGAAGCAGACGUCAGUGCAACGGGAGCAGAGUGGUCAGAUGUGAGCGGGGACGCGAAAGCCGAGUUGGACAAUCUGUGGGAGGCAGCGUACGGUCCAGACUGGCGCGAUGUUGAAUGGGAUCAUAAGCGACACCGGCCACCGAGCCCACAGUGGCUGUUAGGAGCUCCAGAUAGAGGUUGA